AAAGCAAAAUAACCCCAAAAAAAAGCCCCAAAGUUUAAAGUUUAUCCUCUUUUUUUCAUUCCAGGUAUCAGAGACAAGCACAGACAACCAAUUUGAAAUUGAAACUGUGAGAGAAGAAAUCAAAGAAGCUCUGCUGAACAAUGACAAAUCACUGGCUAUCACAAAGAUCAAGGAGUUACUGGACAAGGAGAGGAACACUCCACUGAAUAUCGCCAUCACAGGAGAAUCUGGCUCUGGGAAAUCCACCUUUGUUAAUGCCUUCAGGGGCAUGGACAACAGAGAGGAGGGAGCGGCCCUGACCGGUGUUGUAGAAACCACCUCAGAGGUCACACCGUACCCCCAUCCAAACUAUCCCAAGGUUACUUUAUGGGAUCUCCCUGGAAUCGGCACCACAAAGUUUCCAGCUGAUAAAUAUUUGGAGCGUGUUGGAUUUGAGAAGUUUGACUUCUUCAUCAUCGUCUCAGCCGAUCGCUUCAGAGAAAAUGAUGUGAAACUCUCUCAGGAGAUUCAGAGGAUGGAGAAGAAGUUCUACUUUGUUCGAUCAAAGAUUGACAACGAUUUACGAGCCGAGAGAAGAAAGAGAAACUUCAGCAAAGAGGAGACUCUUAGGAAAAUGAGGGAAAACUGCAUUCAAGGACUCAGAGAUUUAGACGUCGAGGCUCCGCAGGUGUUCCUGGUGUCCAGCUUUGAGCUCCACCUGUACGACUUCUCUCUCUUACAUGAGACCUUAGACAGAGACCUUCCUGAACACAAAAGACAUGCUCUGCUGCGCGCCAUGCCCAACAUCAGCCUGGAGAUCAUCGACAAGAAGAAAAAAACUUUCAAGCGCCGAUUAUAUUGGUUGUCCGCUCUGUCUGCAGCUGUAGCUGCUGUUCCAGUUCCUGGGCUUUCUAUUGCUGUUGACAUAGCGGUGCUAGUUGGUGCUGUCACAAAUUACGUCUUUGGGUUUGGUCUUGAUAUCAAGUCUCUGCAGAGACUGUCUGCCAGCACAGGCGUGCCAUACGCCGAUCUGCGUGCCGUCAUCGUUUCUCCACUGGCUGCGGUGAAAAUAUCGAAAGAGCUCCUCCUGAAGGUGUUGAGCCAAAUUGCAGGAGCAGCUACAUUUAUGGCACUGGAGGAAGUUUCCAGAUUCAUUCCAAUAGUUGGAAUCCCGCUGGCAAUGGUGUUCUCUUUUACCACAACUUACAGACUUUUGAAUUUCAUCCUCAACCAGCUUGCUGAAGAUGCCCAGAAGGUGUUCAAAAAAGCUCUGGGUCUGAACACCUCAGUGUGAUUUAAAUAGUUAAAGGCGAUACAGUGACACGUUUAAAACUGAAGGGUAUGAAAUAAAAUUCCUAAAUCAUUGAAUAUGCAGUGAAUCCAGCUGUAAACCAGCAUCCUUACAGCUGAUCAGUGCAUCAGAGGCCUCAGCAGGUCUCAUGUCCUCAGAAACAACAGAGGAACCUCUCCCACCUUUACACAUCAACACAAUAAUGUGGCCUUUAUAUCCAUCCAUCCUGCAUCCAUCCAUCCAUCCAUCCUGCCUCCAUCU